CCGCUGGAGUGGCAGUCAGGAGAGCCAACCGGAGGGGGUGAUUCCUCCCCGGCUUCCUCCAAUCAUGCUCGAGGUCUCAGCGACAUCCUCGGCUCGGCAGGGUAUCCUGCGUUCGUGUGCGGGAGAAAUGCUGACCGCCUGCGUCUUUCGGAGGGGACCUCAGCAUCGGUGAAGCCGGAGCAGUGGAGAGGGGGCGGUGACAGUGCCUGGAGGCUGCAAAGAAUCAUUUAUUAUACAUUGAAAAGAAAACACAGUAGGGAACGAAGAAUAGAAUGGAAAUGGAAGGAUUCCCUCCACCACCACCUCCUGAAGAUGUGAUUUUUAUAUUGCCCACACCUGUUACUUGCCCCAGUUUUAGGAAAUGACAUACCAAUCACUGCUGCUAAUGAAGAAGAGGACGAAGAAGGAGAACAGUUUGACUUUGAUAGUGGAGAUGAGAUACCAGAAGCGGACAGACAAACUAUUUUGCCAAUUCAAGAAGCAGCAAAUUGUAUAGGGAAUGAAAAUCUAGAAAACCUAGAAGAAACUGAGAAAAUGCAGAGCUCCAAAGCCAAUGCAGAGGGCAUCCUACCACGGGUAAACCCAUACUCUGUCAUAACCAUUUCGCCAAUGCAGGAAAAGGAGCUGUUGCUGUCACCAGAGCCAACCACACAAGAUGGAACUAUAAGUCCCACCCUCUCAAGUGGCUAUUCGGUUCCGGUGCCUUGUGGCUAUGCUGUGCCAUCCAAUUUGCCAUUGAUAUUGCCGGCGUAUUCCAGUCCUGUUAUAAUCCGCAACCCUUCUGUAGAUGAAGAAGCAAGUGUUCAUAUAGUAGCCGAAGAUGGUCAUUCAAAUUCUCAGAGUUCAGAAGAACCUCCAAACAGUGAAGAUAAUCAGGGGAGCACAGACGAGAAUGCCUUGGCUAAAUGGGUGGCUGAUCCUGCAAAUACAGAGUGGAUGGAGAAUCCUGAUGAAGUAAUAUAUGAUGAUGUACCAAGAGAAAAUUCAGACUCUGAACCAGAGGAGAUGAUUUAUGAUGAUGUUGAGAAUGGAGAUGAAGGUGGAAAUAGCUCUCUAGAAUAUGGGUGGAGUUCCAGUGAGUUUGAAAGCUAUGAAGAACAGAGCGACUCAGAGGGUAAAAAUGGAAUACCCAGUUCUUUUCUGCGUGGCAACCACAGAAGACAAUUCUCUCAUGACCUAACCCGUUUAAAGGAGCACUAUGAGAAAAAGAUGAAAGAUCUGAUGACCAACACAGUGGGAGGAGUAGAGAUUCAGCAACUGAAGCAAAAACAUGAGCUGAAGGAUCUGGUUGUCCCUGCCUUGCAGAUGCAGAAGCUCAUGAGAGCAGCAAGGGAGGGCACCAAAGACGGGCUUGAAAAAACCAAAGCAGCUGUGAAGAAAGGUCGGUCAUUCAUCAGAACUAAGUCCUUUAUUAGUCAAGAACACAGAGCUACCUGUCUAGAGGAAGAGGAGCUAUUUAUUGAUGUAGAUUGCAUGCACACAGAAGCAAUCAUGACUCCGAUGCCAGAUGGAUUAUCCCAACAACAGGUUGUGCGAAGAUACAUUUUAGGCGCUGUGGUCGACAGUGAGAAAAACUAUGUGGAUGCUCUGAAAAGAAUAUUAGAACAAUAUGAAAAACUUCUUUCAGAGAUGGAGCCCAAAUUACUGAGUGAGAGGAAACUGAAGUUGGUCUUCUAUCGAAUUAAAGAAAUUCUUCAGUGCCAUUCAAUGUUUCAGAUGGCCCUGGCAAGCCGUGUCUCGGAGUGGGAUUCUGUUGAAAUGAUCGGGGAUGUCUUUGUUGCCUCAUUCUCUAAAUCCAUGGUACUGGAUGCCUACAGUGAGUAUGUAAUCAAUUUUAGCACAGCUGUGGGGAUUCUCAAGAAAACAUGUGCUACAAAACCUGCCUUCCUUGAGUUUUUAAAGCAAUGUCAAGAAUCUAGUCCUGAUAGAAUCACUCUUUAUGGCUUAAUGAUGAAGCCCAUACAACGUUUUCCUCAGUUCAUCCUUCUAUUACAGGAUAUGUUGAAGAACACGACUAAAGGCCACCCAGACAGGCUGCCUCUACAGAUGGCUCUCACAGAACUUGAAACACUGGCAGAGAAAUUAAAUGAAAGGAAAAGGGAUGCAGAUCAGCGCUGUGAAAUAAAACAAAUAGCCAAAGCCAUGAAUGAGCGUUAUCUGAACAAGUUACUCAGCAGUGGCAACCGCUACCUGAUCCGAAGUGAUGAUAUGCUAGAAACUGUUUAUACAGACAAAGGAGAAAUCAUGAAAACCAAAGAACGGCGUCUGUUUAUGUUAAACGAUGUUCUUAUGUGUGCUACUGUGCAUAUUCGCUCUUCCCAUGAAAAUAGUGGUGUUGUGAGUGGGCAGAGGUACUUAUUAAAAUGGAGUGUGCCUCUUGGGCAUGUCGAUGUCAUAGAGUAUGGAAGUAAUGAUGGCCAAGGUGAGAACUGCAGAUUCCCUUUGCAGCCGUCUUCUGAGAUCAUGGUUACCAACGCCAAGCCAAAUAAGCUUUAUAUGGGACCAGGGCAACUAUACAAUGAUUUGCAAAACCUCUUACAUGACUUGAAUGUAGUUGGCCAAAUCAGUCAACUAAUAUGCAGCCUGAAGGGAAACUACCAGAAUUUAAAUCAGUCAGUGGCUCAUGAUUGGACCUCAGGUUUACAGAAACUCAUUUUGAAAAAAGAAGAUGAAAUUAGAGCCGCAGACCGCUGUCGAAUUCAACUUCAGCUUCCAGGAAAACAGGACAAAUCAGGACGGCCUACUUUCUUUACGGCUGUGUUCAAUACAUUUACACCUGCCAUCAAACAGUCAUGGAUCAGAAGUUUACAAAUGGCUAAGCUUGCUUUAGCUGAUGAAAAUCUGCUGGGUUGGUUCUGUAUAGAUGAUGAUGGGAAUCAGAUUAAAAAAGAGAAACACCCACUCCUUAUGAAACACAUGCCGGUGAUGAUGGCCAAACAACAGGAAUUUAAGGUUGAAUGUGCUGCUUAUAAUCCUGAACCUUGUUUCUGCGAAGAAAGUGACCCUGAUUCUCUUUCUACUGAGUAUGGUUUUCUGUGGAUUGGCAGUUGUACUAAUCAAAUGGGCCAAAUCGCCAUUGUAUCAUUUCAAAACUCCAAUCCAAAGCUUAUUGAAUGCUUCAAUGUGGAGUCAAGAAUUCUCUGUAUGGUCUAUAUUCCAGAAGAUGAGAAAUUCAAAGAAUCAAAUAAUAUGUUUCCUGAAUCUGGAGAUAUGGCUACAAAACCUCUCAGCGUGCCUACUAUUUGUCUAGGCAUGGAAGAAGGAAGCAUCUCUGUUUACAAAAGUAGUCAAGGCUCCAAGAAAAUCCGUCUCCAACACUUCUUUGCUCCUGAGAAGUCUACUGUGAUGAGCUUAGCAUACAAGACUCACCAUUUAUUUGCUGGCCUAGUCAAUGGAAACAUUGCAAUCUACACCAAAUUGGAAGAUGGGACCUGGAACUCAGAACCACAGAAAAUAGUGAAAUUGGGAGUUCUUCCUGUCAGAGGUCUUCUUGUGAUGGAAGAAACCAUCUGGGCUGCUUCUGGUGGACAGAUAUUUAUAAUUAAUACAGAAAGUCAUGCUGUAGAGUGCCAUUUUGAAGCUCAUCAAGAGGAAGGGAUGGUGAUCUCUCAUAUGGCUGUUGCAGGAGUGGGGAUCUGGAUUGCCUUCACAUCGGGAUCAACUCUCCGUCUUUUCCACACUGAAACCCUUAAACAUCUCCAGGAUGUUAAUGUGGCCACUCUUGCUCACAAUAUGUUAUCAGGACAGCAACGUGUUUCAGUGACUAGCCUCUUAGUAUGCCAUGGCCUGUUACUGGUUGGAACAAAUGUUGGGAUUAUAGUAGCCCUCCCAGUUCCUCGUUUGCAGGGAAUCCCCAAAGUAACUGGAAGAGGCAUGGUAUCUUAUCAUGCCCAUAAUGGCCCUAUCAAGUUCCUGGUAACGGCCUCUGUGACAAGCAAGCAGAACAAAAGCAAGUCAAAAUCCAGGCUGAAUUGUCCUCAUUCAGGCCUGAAAGAGGAUGACCAAAAGUGUGUUGGACCUGAGAGGCCCAAUUCUUCUCUGAGCAACCCCAGUGACAAUGCCAUUUGGUUGGGGGGCUCAGUCGGAUCCAUUGCUCAGAAAAGUGACUUGUCUUCAUCGUCCGGGUCACUCACGUUGUCUCACGGAUCCAACACAACUGAACCUCGGCCAGAAGAGAGUGCUGUCUAUGAGCUUUUGAAAGAAGUCUCCCCUGACCAGAGUAAAAGACAUAGAUCCAGAGAGGGGAAAGCAAUAUCCAUCUUAGUCAUCUCUGGAGGACAAGGACACAGAAGGGUGAAUAAGAAAUGCAAGCAGCAGCGGCCAGAUGAACUGGUAUCUUCGAUAAUGGUUUGGCAGAUUCCACUGUUAAAAAUCUGACAACAGGAUAUAAUGCGAUUUGUUCAAUGGCAAAGUUUGCUUUGGUGUUAACACCAUCAUGAUGAAUUUACGUUUUUAUCUCAAAGCAAAUUAAAUACCAAUAUUUGCAAAGGCCUCUUUAUAAAGUUUCUUUGUCCUAAAUUUACGUGGGUUACCUUGUUAGAACAAGUAUCUUAGAUACAUUCUAAGAAGCCCGUUUCAGAGCUACAUCUAAACAUAUAUUUGAGUCUUCAAAAGUUCUUUAGUUGAAAAAAAAAGUAUGAUCCAUUUCAAGCAUUUUUUCUCAUUUUGCUACUAUUUAUAUUCAAAUAUUGUAGCCUAAAAAAUAUUCAGUGAAGGGAAAGGAUCGAAUAGUAUUUCUCUGAUGAGCCUUGCUUAAAUAAUUAUUUCUUGCAAGGCAAUAUCAUACAUAUGUGUUUCAUUUUCCACAAACCUUUUUAAAGCAAUCAUUAUUCCAAGGUAGUCUACUAGCUUAAUUCCAGAGACUAUAAAUAAACCUGUAAUAUACUUUCUCAAGUAAGUGUCAGACACAGUAAAAAAGUUUUUUGGUUAUAUACUACAGAUUUAUACUUGGAAGGAAAAGAGGUAGGGCUAACUUUUAAUUAUUAAUACUUAAAAAUGAAUAUUAUAAAAAGAAAUGUUAAACAUUCAGAAUGAAAUAUGUUUGAUUUACUAAGUGAUGUAUUUUUUAAAAACCUUUGGUUACUCCCAGUAAGUAGGAGGGAAAAUAAAACCACUGUGAAAUUUAGUAGAUUCGGGCAGUUGCUUGUGUUUUGGUGCUCCAUUUAAUUAUAGCACAUUCUGUCGCUGGCGGUGGAAUGUGUCUCAUUUAUCUAUAUGGCUGCUUAUAUAUUUUGAUUAACAUUAGAUAAUAGUGAGGAAAUCAAGUAUAAACAUAAAAUAAAGAGACCCUAACAUUAAAGUAUAUUGUUGUCAUAAGAUUAUUAUAGUUGGUCAGCCAGAUAAAUAGUCUGGAUUUGGCAUUUUGAUCCACUUAUUGAGUCCUUCCCAAGGACCCAGGAUAGGCUGAUGAUGUUGUUUGAUAGUGUUAAAGAUCUCAUUCACGGUGGGGAGGGGAGCUGUUCCAAGUAAAGCUGCCUUUUGCAAUUGAUGGAAGUAAUUUUGUCAAUGCCAAUAUUGUUCAAGUGGUGUUCCAGAUGUUUUAGGAUUGCACCCAGGACACCUAUUAUUGUUGGUAUUACCUUUGCUUUCUUUUUUGUUCUGUUUCUAUUUGUAGGUCUUUGUAUAUUGUGAUUUUCUACAGUUCUUCUUCUAUUCUGCUGUCUCCAGUACUGCAACGUCUCUUAUCCAGACUUGUUUUUCUUAUCACCUCUGGGGUGUUAUGUAGCAGGUGCCUAUCUGCUUGAAUUCUAAAGUCCCAGAGUACUUUAGCUUCUUCAUUUUUCUGUGUUGAGGUCCCAUCAGUAUUUAUUUGCAAAUGGUAUGUUUUGCAGAUCUUACAAUAUACCAUUGGAACAUCUAUUUUGUUAUCAGUCUGUGCAAUCAGCUAACUUGGUGGUCCACUGUAAUGAAGCUUCUUUGCUGGGACCGCAUUUGCUGUCUGUUGCUGUCUACUCAAUUCUGGCUUUAUGUGCAUUUGUUCUUCAAGCUUGGCCUUGUGCAGGCAGAAUUAGCUUUCCAGUCUCUUUCUUCAACUUUCCUGCUCUUAGCCAUUGGCAGUUCUGCUUAACCUGCUAUAUUUUUGAAGGUUCUGGCUAUGUAGUACUUUGCCUUGCCAUGUCUCAAUUCUAUGUUUCAUUUGGUCUUGUAGGCCAGUUUGCUGUUUUCGAUAUUCAGUAAGCUUCACUGCAUCUUCUUCAUUGUUCUUCAGAUAUUCUUCCAGUACCCUUUUUUUCUUCAACUGUCUGAUGUACUUGCAACAUUCCACAUCCACCUGUUUUCCUUGCUAAAUAAAGUGUGUUGCUUCAUUAAUGAAGGGAAUAAUUCAUUGUUAUUAUUUUUUCUGAUCAUCCUAUGCAGCGCUUUUAGUUCUGCUUGAGUCUAGUCCACUGUUCCAGCUCUGUAUCUGAUGACUUGUGCAAUUGUUAAUUGCCUUGUUGGUAUUUCCAUUACUGGGUCUGGACUUUAAGAUCUUCAUGAUAAAUUCAUUUCUAACUUUGUAACUUCACUGUUCUUGAGGUCAUCUUGAAGGAUGCCAGGAAUUUGUAAUGAACUUAUUCAUCAAGACUCUUGAUGGUAUCUCCAUUCAUAUUUCACUGUUUUUGCCUUGUUGAUGGUAAGGGUGGCACAUUUGUCUAGUCCAAACUCCACAGUAAUAUCUUGGGAUAGUGUGGAGCAGGAAUUCUAUUUCAGAUGGUGCUUAUCCAUACAGCUUCCUAUUGCCCAUGCAAAAGAGAUAGGAUAGCUUGAAGUUUGGUAGCCAUGCCCUGACUUAUUCAGUAUUGUUGACAGAGGAGUCAAUAUAGCGACAAACUCUAGUGGUGAUAAUCUCAUUGAAAAAAUCCUCUCUUGGUAUUAACCUCUCCUUUAUUUCACCAUUGACCAGCAACUGUGUCUUCCAUUGUGCUUUGCUCAAAGCUUCUGAUAUUUCUACUGAUUCCUGUUAUUUAUAGACACUUGAUUAUCCAAUACUGUAGCAGAGAGUCAAAUGCCUUAUUGUAAUAAAUCCAAGCCAAGUUCAGCUUGGUCUUCCUUCUGUUGUAACUCUCCAGAAUCAUCUUAUCAGUUGGGAGUUAAUCUCCUGUUUCGGUGGUUUUCUAUCUGCUCAGGUGGAAAGAGCUUAUGUUCAAUCAGAUGCUAUUGGACUACAUCAGCUACUACACCUGUUAGCAAGUUGUUGGUAAGAAGGUAUUUGCCUGUAGUUGCCUGGUGUUGUCCCUUUUUCUGGAACUUUCGUUAUCAGGUAGGUUUUGCUAGAUGUUAACGACUCUUCAAUUUCACCUCCUUGCAGUAUGUUGUUAAACUGCUCAGCAGCAACUGGGUGUAGACCAGUCAAUCAAAAGCCAUGCAGUUCACCUUCACUUAAAGGUAAAGGUAAAGGUUCCCCUCGCACAUACAUGCUAGUCGUUGCCAACUCUAGUGGGCGGUGCUCAUCUCCGUUUCAAAGCCAAAGAGCCAGCGUUGUCCGAAGACGUCUCCGUGGUCAUGUGGCCGGCAUGACUCAACGUCAAAGACGCACGGAACGCUGUUACCUUCCCACCAAAGGUGGUCCCUAUUUUUUCUACUUGCAUUUUUACAUGCUUUCGAAACUGCUAGGUUGGCAGAAGCUGGGACUAGUAAAGGGAGCUCACCCCGUUUCACGGCAGCACUAGGGAUUCGAACCGCCGAACUGCCGACCUUUCGAUCGACAAGCUCAGCUGUCUUAACCCCUGAGCCACCACGUCCCAUCUUCACUUGGUGCUGACCAAUUCUUGAUCUUCCUUGCCCUUUUCUCCACCAUUUCUGCUGUUAUCACAAGUUCUUAUCCAUCUCCUUUAGCCAAGGUGCGUUCUUGUAUUUCUUUGGGUUGUCCCAUGGCUCCACCCAGUACUGCACUGUUUUUUCUUUGCCAGAUGUGGCUGGUUCACUGCAGUCUCUCCAUUGAUGGAUUGGUGUAAACAUUUCUGAUUUGACUGAAAUUAAAUAUUCUGCCUGUAGUGUGAAAUGUGAGCUUUGAUUCUGCUGUUUUUCUUGGCUGUAACUGUUGUUUGCUGAUAUUUCCUUGAUCAGGUGUUUUUUGGUCUUCUUGUCUUUGAUCUGUUCCAGCUUGCUUGCAUCUGAUCUUAACAUGCUUAUUUUCCAGCUUGAUCUCCCAUUUUGUUGGUGUACUGUUUGGCUUUCUCCCCCCCCCCCCCACACCUUGUUUGUUGUUUUUGCAUCCAACAUUUUCAGUUAAAACUGCAGUCAUGCUGUAAAUUAAUUGGUUUGCUUGCCCAGGAUGGUUGAACCUCUGGCAUAGCUCUCCUUCUGCUCUCAGCAUGCAAGGCCCACAGCCCUGGCAAGAUAGUGACUCAUUAUGACUUCAUUGCUCUCCAGAUACAUCACUGAUUGUUACCAAUGCAUAUUAUUAACACAGACUUUGAUCUGAAGUCAACAAAUGUGCAUUUGUCAUGUGAAUAUUAGCAAAAAAAAACAAAAAACGAAAAAAAACAGCCAUACAUCUAUAGAAAGAAGAUGCCAUGGCUGUUUCCAAGCCAUAAAGAAGGGAAUUUGUAUAAUCAAAGCAAGUCAACACAUUUCCUUUUAAUAAAAUGGAAAAUUACAUACCCCCUGGGAUGCAAACACAGGAGCUAUCACUGCUGUGAAAAACUUAAUUGCUCAUGACCAACAGCUACAAAGUCAGGAGCCCUCGUAAUGAUUCUGGAUAAUGGUAAUUAAGCAUCAUUUUACAGUUUGUAGAACUAUGUGAGGUCUUAAAACCUGGGUGUACCUGAGCCUUGCCAGAGCUUAGCUGCAGGAUGAGAUCAUUUACCUCAAGCUUAUCCAUUUGGAUAUCUUGAAGUUUGUAUAUAUAAUACCAGUAGUGGUAUAUUCUGAUAGGAUGGGAUGGAACAUGAGAAUUUAAACUUUAAAAGAGCUUUGCUGUACCAAUUAACAGUCUGCUUAUUGGGAAUAAUAGCAGACCAGUAUUUUGGAUAACAGAGUCCUAGUUUCAUCUUUUUUCUUCUUCUUGAAGAAGGGAGAAUUCUAGUAGGAAACUUACAUUACAAAGCUCUCUUAUGGCCAUUUCUUUCAAGUGUAAUACACUGAAUUCAUUGCACUUAGGGAAGAUUCAAUUAGAUCAAUGGAUAUUAAAUGUUUCUGUUACCUGUGACUAAAUUUGAUAUAGUUAUACAAUAAUGAAGACGUAAAUUUUUAUAUGAGAGAGGAGGGAGGCUUCCUCUCUUUUCCUGAAGAUGGAAAAAGAGUAGGCAGAAAACUAAUUGGCAUUCACCAGCAAGUUAUUGGUUUGCAAUAAAUUAGAAAGCACUUUUAAUAUGAGCAAUAGGUUUUUCCCCCAAUUAGAGCAUUAAAAGCCUUCCUAUUUAGUUAAUCAAAUGUAGAUUCAUAUUUGGAGUCACAAAUUUACAGCUUAGCAGGUAUAAAGGGUAAUCACUUCUGUCUCUUGAGUUGCUCUUUUAUAUAUAGUUCCAACUGAUGGUUGUCUUGGUAGUCAAACACUCAGUAGUUUUCAUAAGUGUGUGUCCUUGGCUGGACAUAAAACCUUGUCAUCUAUCUUUAGGUCAGCAGUAAUGAAACAUUUGAAUUUCUGGCUCCUUAGUGCAGACAGGGGUACCCCCAGAAUUCAUUUCUAAAUGAGAAUUUCCCAUAGUGAAAAUACAACUAUAAGUUCUUUAAGCCAUAAUUUUACAGAAAAGAUGUUAAGAAUUGCAAAUGCAUUAUCAAGUAACAACUUCCAAAUGAGUCUAUUACAGAAGUGAGCAGAGGUCAAGAAAAAGAAGUGAUAAUGUCUAGAGAAAAUUAUUUAUAACUUUUAGCACUUAACCAUCCAAGUUUACACCUCUCAAACACUUGUGGUUUAGGUUUUGGUUAUAUACUGAUUUGCCAUUGAUUGAUAAAAUGUGAAACUAGUUCCCUGAUUUCAGGAUUUCUUUGAACUUGCAUGUCUCGGAUAAUAUUUCCUACACUCUAACUCAACUUGCUUUGGAAACUAAAAGGGCUUUGAGGAACAGUUUGUGAUAGAGCUUUCUAAAGAAAAUUCCAUUAAGCUCUUUGGACUCUGGUUAUUGAGGGCUGCUGAGGAAGUUUCCUAACAAGAUUAUUAUAAAAUAGGUGUGCUAUAUUACAGAGCUUUUAAAAACUCCAAUAGAGAAUUGUAUAUAUGUAUAGAUUAAAAUGCUAACCAGUAACCGAAGUACUGCUUUAAUAUUGGAUACAAGCCACACUUAUAGUCCACACAGAAACAUAUAUGUGUUGCUAGGCAGAUUUUUGUGUCUGAUCCCAUGUGAGAAUAAUGAUAUCUGGGAGGAAGACAGCCACUAUGUUUCAUCAAAUGUUUUCUGAUAUCUAACAGUACAUUUGUUAUAACCUGAGCCAUACAAAUAUGUAUUUAUGUCUAAAAUAAACUCAAUAAACUGUGAAUAAAAAAAGA